AUGACUUGUCUCUGCAGGAAAGAAAAGAAAGAUAUCUUAGAAAUUUUUGUUGGAAGUGAAAUAAGUAGAAUUAUAAACCACAAGCUAAAAUUAUGUAAAGAUUUAUCUAUUAACAAUAGUAUAGACAAAGAUAAUACAAAGGAUGUGCAGUGUUUUAGUUACACAAAUGAAGAGACCAAAAAAAAUAAGGAUGCAGAAAAUUCUUAUUGUUUAUAUUUUAAAGAUAAAACAAUUUAUAUUGAUAUAACAGAUCUAUGUAAAGAAAAAAAAAAAUUAUUUUUUUUUACUAUUGAUAUUCUUGAUAAGAAUGGAAGAUCUUUUACAGUAGAUGUAUGUCCCUUUUAUUACGAUUUUAUAAAAAAAGAAUGGAUUUGUAAGGGAUUUUGUAAUAAAAAAAAAUUAAAUUAUAAUCCCAAAUGUUCAAAUAAAGAUACUUCGUCAUCCACAAAAAAAAGUCGACGCGUUUUGCGUAUCGUAUUUUAUGGAUGUUUAACAAUAUGUAUUUUAUAUCUUUUUUAUCUUUAUUUCAUUCAGUUUGUCAUCAAUUACUAA